AUGUCUACCACCAGCAACGGCUUUGCGAGGCAACUGGAGCUGGAACGGCAGGAUAUCUGGCGUACGCAAUUUACAGACGAGGCUCGACAGAUGGCAUGGACUCAACGAAAGGCCGAACUCGUUGCGUUGCUAAUGAGCGACACGGCUGAACAUCAAGGCUUGCAGCAACGGACACAUCUGGUUCUAGGCGCAAGGCAGGGAUUGGACUCGAAUUCUUCUGCACAACUCGGCACAAGCAACAGGAAACGACGGUCUUGUACUGGUCCGACUGGACGGGCAACAAAAUCGAUGGCAAGGUCUGCUUCAGCACAAUGUCCCACCCAAUACACCGGUCUUGACGCCACCCCUUUCAGUACUGGUCUCCACGCCCAACAGCAAGCACUCGUCUCGACAUCUACGGGUGGACCGGCACUUGGCCAAGCUGACUGGAACGACUCUGGGCACCCGGCACCCGAGCACGUCGGCGACUACCAGGUCUACGAUCCUAGAUCGUACAUCUCGAAGCUCACAACUAGCUCCGACUUAUCGAGCGCAGCUGUAAAGAGACAACGAGUCAACUGCUCUGAUGCAUAUCAGCAGCAGUUUCUCGAUGUCUCGCUCGCAUACAACCUAUGGCCCCAAUUACAAAACGGGGCUACGAGGUCACCCAGUAUGUCGGGUCAGCCUUCGCAAAACUCAUUUACCUCGAGUGAGGCAAUGAGCCGACAAAGUAGUGUGACCACAUCAACAUCGAUGACCUCGACGUCGAUGGAUGAUGCCUUUGGCAUGAUGCGGGUUGAGUCGUCUGCCUCGCACUGCCCUUCGCAUAGUACUCUCUCAUUCGUUCAUCCAAUGCAAGACAUUGAUGCUUGUGCACAAGGUAACAGCGCUGAAUUUCCAGCAAGUAGUCUCACGACUACUGCAACUCUUCAUGGGGAUGGUAGGCAUGGUGAUGAAAACUUGCUAAGCAAUGUGGGCUUUGCCUUUGAUGAGCAAGGCAUUCCGUAUGAGUCAAGCUUUUUCUUUCCUGCAAAUGGGUAUGACACCACAAUGAGAGACUCACAGUAUGAUCAUGAAGCCUGUAAUAUGGAGCGCACCGACUCUCAGCAAAGUACAUCCUCUUCAACUUCGACGUCGUCCGCAGACGCCAAGGCUUCCGAGCGACGACGAAAGCAUAUCGAAAACGCGCAGCAGAAGAUUGCACCAAGAAGUUUACCGGACGGACCAAAGUCGAAAGUCUCGGCGUCUACCGCUAAUGGCAAACAAAUAUCGAAACACCAAGAUCCAAUGGUUCGGCAAAAGCAAGCCAUUAGCAAGACACCUUAUGUGCGACCAAGCCAUCCUAAGCUAUCUUGUACGCUAUGUAUAGCAUACCCAUCGGGCUUUAGAGGCGAACAUGAGCUUCGCCGCCAUUAUGACCGCGCGCAUGCUGAGACGCGCAAAGUCUGGAUCUGUGUCGAGCCCACGACGCCGUCGAAAGAGGGUUGGUGGCCCACCAAACCCAUCGGCAUCUGCAAGCAAUGCAAGCAGCAGAAGCAGUACAACGUCUACUACAACGCUGCCGCACAUCUAAGAAGGGCGCACUUCUGUCCUCGCAAGCGUGGUCGGAAAGCCAGAGGCGAGGAACGCGAGAGUCGAGCCGGCAAAGCUGGUGGCGACUGGCCACCAAUUGAAUGGCUUAAAGCCAACGGCUGGCUAAAGGAGAUCGAAGUCUUGUCAAGUCAGUUCUACACGUCACAAGUCUUGCCGUCGCAACACGAUGAUGAGCUACCUGACGACAUGCUCAACGAGGACGAGGACUUUGAGUUUACUGCCGACUCUCACUUCGAUAUCCACGAUGCAGCACUCGCAGCAGAGGGACUCGGUCUGCAGAUCCCAGCCUUGCCACCCUAUCAGCAAAGUGCAGACUUUUUCCUGGGCUAUCUGACACCAAUCGAGACUUCUGCCCAGAUGUGCUUUCCCACAAACGCCUUCACCAACCUUCAAGCACCGGCCAUGUCGCAUACUGUAAGCGCUCCUCCAGUCCUGCCUUCUUCGACACUGUACAAAAUGAAUGGAACGAUGUAUGACUGUAACGGCAUCGUAUACUCCCCGGACACGCAGCACUUUCCGUAG